CGCGCUCCCUGCGCAGAGUCGCCGCGGCGUGCGGGACCUGGAAGUACUCGCCGAGGUCCCGCCUCGCCCGCCAAUAGCGCUGCCGGGGAAAGCGGAGCUUCCUUUCUGCGCUCGCGCUCGUCCUGCUACCAUCAGGCCGCACUCAUGCAGAACGACGCCGGCGAGUUCGUGGACCUGUACGUUCCCCGGAAAUGCUCCGCCAGCAAUCGCAUCAUCGGCGCCAAGGACCACGCGUCCAUCCAGAUGAACGUGGCCGAGGUUGACAAGGUGACAGGAAGGUUCAACGGUCAGUUUAAAACCUAUGCUAUCUGCGGGGCCAUUCGCAGGAUGGGCGAGUCGGAUGACUCCAUUCUCCGACUGGCCAAGGCCGACGGCAUUGUUUCAAAGAAUUUCUGAGACUGGAGAGGAUCAUGGAUGUGGGAUGUUUGUCAUAAAUAAAACAGUGAAAACCCA